GGUGGUGCAAUUGCAGGACAGCUGACCACAGUCGGGAUGCAGCAGAUGUUUGCCCUGGGGCAAAGGUUAAGGAGACGCUACGUGGAAGAAGCCAACUUCCUCUCACCCACGUUUAAGCCUGCGGAGGUCUUGACCUGUCGUCAUCGUCACCGAUGAAGCAAGCUCUGAAAUCCUCUACCCCAAUUACCAGAACUGCCAGCGCCUGAAGUGCUUGACCAGGGAGGGGUUGAAGAAUGCUCAGCUACAACCAGGUAUCUCUGAUGACUUGAAAACAAUUAAGGAGCAGAUGGGUAUUGAUGGUGAUAAGUCCAUAGAUUUUUUUAAUCUCCUGGAUAACAUUCUCGCUGAGCAGGUGCACAAUUUGCCAAGCUGCCCUGUGCUGAAGAGCUUCUGGGAGACGGUUGAGCGUCGUUCUGUUGACUCAGUGCUUUUCCUCCUGGAGGAGAGUUCGAGAGAAGUCCUUCAGAUGAGUGUUGGUCUUCUUUUCUAUACCUUACAGAAGAACAUUAUGGAAGCAACAGAUCCCUUAACUCCAGCUGGAAAGGCCAGGAAGCUCAUUCUCUAUGCUUCUCAUGACCUUACCCUUAUUCCUCUGCUGGUGGCCCUGGGCACCUUUGAUCACAAGUGGCCGCCUUACGCUGUGGACGUGACCCUGGAACUGUAUCAGCACCAGCAGUCUAAAGAGUGGUUUGUUCGCCUGUCCUACCAUGGAGAGGAACAGGUGGUGAAAGGAUGUAGAGCUGGUCUCUGUCCACUCGAAGAAUUUCUACAAGUUCUUUCACAAUACGCUGUCAGUCCGGAGGAGUACAAUAACCUGUGCUCCCAAAUGGAGCACAGUCAGCAAAGUGACUCAUAAAUAGUUAUCUUAAAUUAAACUUAU